ACAGCGCAGUGCAUCCAACCUCUGAUUCCACUUUCUGUCAGAGAAAAAUUUCGAACAGCUGUUCAAAAAAGUAAAAUGGAUGUCAAAUAGCAUCGUUUUUGUUAUGGGAGGCGUACGAAAAUAACUUCACUGAUUCUAACCAACGAUUACUAUCUUAACAAGUACUUAAACUAGCUAAAGAAAAUGACUCCCUUUCAAUACGCCUCACCGAUGCCCGUCAGACCGAACAAUCCACCAAUUUUAGAAACAAUUCAAAUCAAUCACAGUUGCGGUAUUUGUGGUCGUGAAUUUCUCAAGGAAAGUGGUUUGAAGCGCCACCUCAAAGUACAUACAACACAUAUCAACACAACAGCCGAAGCCAGUGGCCCAUCAUUUCAUUGCCAUAUCUGUCGACUGGUGUUCAGCUGCCCGAAUCAGUAUGCCGAACAUGUAAAAUUGCAUCACAGUCAGUCACAGGCAUUGAAAUGCUCCAAUUGUGCAUGCUUUCGUCCGGUCACAACCAGUUGCCAGACAAAUCCAUUCAAAUGUGAGAGUUGCUGUCGGACAAACAUUACGAGUCACAAUAACGAAGUGCCACCCAAUUCUAAUCAAAUGACAAUAUCCAACAACGUUCCACAAUAUCAAAGUCUCAAUCAAACGCCAGUAGCAACAGCCACCAAAAAACGAUCGAAAAAGGAGAAGCAGCAGGUUCACUAUCCAGUACAAACACUCAUCGCUAAAAUAAAGCCCUACCAGUGUCAACAGUGCGGAAAAGGAUUUUCGCACAGCAGUACGCUGGCCAUGCACAAGAAAAUACACGCAGGAAUUUACAAAUAUGUUUGCGAAUAUUGUCAGAAACGUUUCUUCCUCAAUGAGUAUUACACUCGUCAUAUUCGAGUGCACACAAAGGAAAAGCCAUACCGUUGUGAUCUAUGCGAUAAGUCGUUUUCACAGUCAAACACUCUGACGCAACAUCGGCGAAUACACACCGGUGAGAAGCCCUAUAGCUGUCCCGAGUGUUCCAGAUUAUUUAGUGUACGUGACUAUCUCAACAAACAUAUGCGUACACAUACGGGUGAAAAACCGUACAUAUGUAACAUAUGCGACCGAAAGUAUUCUCAAGCUAGUGGACUACGAACACAUCGUAAGUCCCAUACAAUUCGUGAUCUACCCGAAAACAAUCCAAGGCAAAUUGAAUUAAAGCCACCGAUGAUGAUGGCGACAACUGGAAACGGUCUGUGACUUAGCUAAAGUGGUCGCAAAUGCACUCAGAAUGCGCUUAAAAAAAUUAAUUUGAAAAAAAAAAACAAACAGAGAACUUAAAUGUAAAACCAAUGUCGUUCCAAGGCUUCGAUAUUUAAACCACUAGUUUAUAGUUCCAUACAUUGUAAUAGACGGAUGGUUGUAUUGCUCGAAUGUUAAGAUUUUCGGUUGUUGAGUCAGCCCUAACCAAUUUUUUUCUUUGUUAUUUUGUGCUUUAAGUUGAUUUAAGUGGAGCACAAUAAAUUAUUAGAUGAACAAUG